GCCAAUUAUCCAACCUAUGGUUCCCCAGAUUCGUCCUAAUAUUCUCGCAUGCGUAUCGAGAAUGGCAUCAGAUUAAACGUCCAACUCUUUUCCAACGGUUACAAAUCACGCUCGAUUCACAAAUCAGAAGUGUAGGAUCGGGUUUUCAAUAUUGACUACUGUAGUUCGUUUCCUUCGAACGAUUUUCAACGGACGAAAUGGUACCGACGAUGCCGCCUGAUUCGCAUAAAAUUUCACUGAAGAUCAUCGACGCGAUAAAACAGCACCCAGUUUUAUAUAGUGCCGAAGUGAAGGGUUCGUCGAUCAAACUUCAGGAAUUCCGGCAGAAGGUCUGGAAGAGGAUUUCCGAUGAACUUGGUCUCGAUUCUACAUGGGUGAGAUUAAGAUGGAAGAACUUAAGGGAUACCUAUUGUCGCAUACUUAAAUACAAAAAUAAAACAGAGAAAGGAGUUCGUAGAAAAAAAUGGAUUUUUGAGGAUCAUCUUAGUUUCUUAAAAUUUCCGUAUGAAUCUGACUAUCAGCCACAAAGUAUAGAAUUAACAGAAGAAUACAUUCAAGAUAUAAAUGCUGGUGGAAUCAGUUCUGAGGGUCUAUUGGAACAGUUAGAAGAUCGCAAUGAUGAAGAUUAUAGCGAAUACCUAGAAGUUCUGGAAGAAACAACUGCAGAUCCGGUUUUAGAUUGUGAUUCCAUUGAAUUGAACGAUAAUGAAGACAGUACAUUGAAAAAUAGAGAGAUAGAAAAUACAAUACAGCAUGAUAUCGAUAUAUACACGCAACAAAUUCAAUCAAAAUAUAGAAAAAUAAGGCCAAAGAAAAUGAAAGUUGAACCACUAGAGCCUACAAGUUAUAGUAUUAUAAAAACGUUACCUUUUAAGAGAAGAACCGUUGAAACGCCGGUUUUUGUUAAUACACCACCUGCAAACAGUAAUACUAAAAAUGUUUCUAAGAUAGAAAACAAUUACGACCAGGUUUAUUUGGCACCUGAAGGAAAAAGUAGCAUAGAACUAUUUUUUGAUAGUAUGGCACAAACUGUUAAACGACUGCCUUCAAAAGCACAAGCCGACAUUAAAAUGAAUAUCUGUAAAAUCGUAACAGAAGCGGAGCUCAGAUAUUCCGGGCAUAAUACGCCACAAAGUACUCAACAAUUUAUCGCGCCACCGGGGAUGAUUCCUAAAUUAGUUUUGAUACCGUGCAAUAUGAUCGAUAAACAGAACAAUAAAGGUUGACAUUGUUUAAUGAUCUUGUUCAAGAAAUGAAUCUUGAAACGUGUUACAAAAAUUAGUCUGAUUAAGGGAUUGUAAGAAUUAA